CGGUAACGUAAUGGGCCGUUGCCGAACCUUAGUCCUCACCAUCAUAUGUUAUCGAUCCUUCCUCAGUUCACACUGCCCGCCUAUUUUCCGAUCCAUUCUGCCCAACUUUAAAAGCAAGAUAUCGCACUAUUUCAUCUCGUGCCAAUAAUGGCGCCCGGCCCCAAUAACACCGCAACGUUUUUCUGUGACUUGCCUUCCACAGGAACUGGUUGACCUUGUUGUCUACCAUCUGCGAAAUGAUCGUCAAACGCUUAAGCAGUGUAGCCUAGUCACACGUAGACUGCUUGCCUGCAUGUCGGAGGUACCUACAUGACAAGGUCUAUUUCGAUUGCAUGUACCGCUCGGAAUCACUGAAAUCGUCGUACGACCUCAUAUCCUCCUCUCCACACCUGACUCCCUAUAUCCGCACGCUUAAAAUCUCCGGCGACGCUCAUGGAACAUUAUCCAUGUCCGAGUUACUACCAUCCUUUUCGGCUUUAUUGACGAACGUCACGAGGAUUGAGCUAUGUGGCUUGACACUUCCUCAAGCACCGGAGGCGGUCUUAUAUGUCAGGGAUGUCCUGCAUGCCCAUCCGCUGGUGUCAUCCGUAACAAUAUCAACAUGUUCAUUGUCAAUCGCUGAUAUCAACAUUCUCCUUGGGCAGUGUGCAGGUCUGCAACACCUUAAAAUAGCCCGGUGUAGUGUCUUUGAGGACAAAGAAACGCGAUUUCCCGCACGUACGAGUGACGUAGCUUAUCUCCAAACGCUGGAAAUCGACGGGUCGACUCCGUCUAUGCUGCGCUCGUUGCCUAAAUGGUUACUGGCCGGAGAAUCGGAUGUAUCGCUGUCAAAAUUACUCACUUUAAAGUCAUCGCAUUUGUCGGCAUCAGAUGUGGUCGUUUUGAAUGAAGUCUUGGCCGGGACUACGGAGUCCUUGGAGCGUUUUGAGUUGGAACAUCACGACAACUCCCGACCUAUCUACGUAAACCUGAGCGGGCACCAGCAUUUAACCCACAUACACAUCCGCUCGGGGUUUCUUACGAGCACCCCCGAAAAGUGGAUCAGACCGGUUCUGGCAACAGUAGGGUCACGGCGUGUAGCCGAGAUUUGCAUUGAUUUGACACUAAAUCGGUAUCAUGAGGCUCCGCUGAAUUGGAUUGGUCUCGAUGAGCUCUUGAGCUCGCAGCGGUUCUGCUCGUUGGUGAAAUUGGAUGUUAGGCUGCGCUGUCUGUCGGCGGCAAGUGAUAUGAGAAGAGGGUGGUUAACCUGCGAGAAUGUUAGUAGGAGUAUGUCUUCCUUGGGCGCCAGGGGUAUCUUGAACGUCGAGUUGAUUUCUCAGGAAGUACACUUAAAUUAGAUACUGGUAUUCAUCAAUGGUUUAAAGACAUUUCAUACGUAUACACUUUGAGAUACAUUUAUUCGACAAUAUUGCUAUC